AUGGAGGCGGCAGAAUGUUCAUCAAUUUGGGGUUCUCUCGAUGCAAUCUGUGAGGAGUCGGAGAUGAUUGCGCAUCUGCAGUCAGUGCUCUGGUGCAGUAGCGAUUCUGAUGCAAACCUCUGCUCCUCCGAAACUGAUAGCACAAAUGCAUCUUUUGAUCUCCAAGUCAAUGACUUCGGUUCGGCAAAUGAGAGGAACAUUAGUAUCAAGAGAAAGAUGCAAGACCAUCACAAUGAAGUCCCUGUGGCUCUCUCGGCCGCAAGGAAGAGUGGUUACAAGUCAAGAGCUGCAAUGGACUCACAAAGCAACUAUGCAAAGAGAAGAAGGCAUAAGAUCAAUGAGAGACUGAGAGUUCUGCAACAUCUCAUUCCUAAUGGCACAAAGGUUGAUAUCAGCACAAUGUUGGAGGAAGCAGUCCAGUAUGUCAAGUUUCUGCAUCUGCAGAUCAAGCUCUUGAGCUCCGAUGAAAUGUGGAUGUACACUCCCCUCGCCUAUGACGGCGUCAACAUCAGCCUCCCUCAUCUGGAUUCUCUGGCUCAUGAAUGA